CUCUCUCUUUGUCUCUAUCUCUGUCUCUGUCUCGCUCGCGCCUUUUAGUUCUCCAAGCAGUAAUGUCAAAUAUGAAUCGCACGAAUAGGACUGCAUUCCACGGCGGCUCCGUGUUUUUUUACGUGUCCGUGACAUGCUAGCACGUAACCACGAUUAAUCUGCAAACGUAGUUUUAAAUAUCCUUUCGUCCGUAUGCAUUUAAGAUUUUCUUACACGAAGAGAUUAAGUGUUCGAACGUUACAUUGUGUUCUUCUUGUGAAUAGAAACUUAAAGAAAAAAGCGAAUAUAUAUAAAAGGAAUGAAACCUAAGAAAUCUAAAUGAAAUAACACCGAUCAUGAGCUCGAUUCAACAAACUGGCAGGUUUCUUCCGUUUUCUAAUAAUAAUAUACAAAGAAAGCAGUUGUCGAUGCAAGGUGGUUUACCUCAAAGCCUAAGCGGUAGUGAUACAGAUGUUUCAACUUCAAAUGAAAAUUUAAGUAACGAAGAACGAUAUGUCAUCCGACAUACUGCACGUCAAGAACCACAAGGUCAAGAAAAUCAACAACAAAGCCCAUCUAGAUCUUCCAGCCAUAAAGAAAAUAUACCCAAUAUUCAAGGUAAUCUACUCAAUAGAAAUAGUUUGAAGGACAGUUUGAAUGGUUCAAACAGAAACAGUUUAAAGGAGAGUUUAAAUGGUUCUAAUCGAAAUAGUCUCAAAGACAGUAUCAAUGGAUCUAACAGAAACAGUUUGAAAGAUAAUUUAAGCAAUCGUACCAGUGUAGGUUCUAAUAGAAGCAGCUUGGAUAUUUCCACAAGUUCGUACAACACGCUUAUUAUUCAUAAUGCAAACGAUGACAAUUCAUGGACACCACCUGGAAGAUUAUCGGGUAUAGUAAGAGAACAUGGAGAUAUGGGUUACGUGUACUGCGAUGGUGGUGGUAAAGGACAUUCAAAUAGCCCUACAAUGCAAUCAAUAUCAAACAUGCCUCAUGAAGAACAUCUUUAUGAACAAUCCGGAAGUGGAGGUUGUCAAGAAAUUACAGACAUACCUGAUGAUUACCUUAGUCAAUCACAGGUUUUAAAGCAUCUCGCUAAGGAAGUAAAAGUGCCUUCUUAUAGUAAACUAGUAAAUAAUGGAGGGAGUAUAGAAGUAAGAAUGAGAGAAAGCGAAAGAGGUAAAGCGGAUGACAAUGAAUUCGAAGAUGGACCACCACAAACUUAUACUCCAGCUCUCCUGUCUUUGAAAAAUAAACUUAGAUUCCUUGGACCUAAUGAAAAAUUAGCAAUGUCAAGAUCACAGCCUGACUUAUCUAGAAUUGGUAAACGAGACAUUGAAAUGACAUCUUAUGACCCACGUGCUACUUCCCCUAGACCUCAAACCAAAGGUCGGGAAGAAGUAGGAUCAGCAAUGGGUGAAACCUGGCCACAAUCUGAAAUCAUUCAGAUAGUGAUCCAAGAAAACAGUGCCUUAAAGUUAGAAGUAGAACGUCUUUACAACAAUGUAGCUAAAUCUGAAAAGUUGGAACAAGAAAUAUCAAAGGUCCAUCGCGCACACGAGGAACUAGCUGCUUCUUGCGAGCGAAGAGAAAAACUUGAGCGGGCAGCUAGAUUGAGGUUACAAAAUGACUGUAGACGAUUGACAGAAUUAAAUCGUGCAUUAAGGGAUCAAAUCGAUUUGUUAUCUUCUCGAACAGAUAGUCCUCCGAUCGUAGAAUCAAUGAAAAAAGAAUUGACGCAACGUGAAUUGCUUAUUGGACAGCUAAUCACACAAAAUAAAGAGUUAGCUGCAGCUAAGGAAAGGCAAGAAAUAGAAUUAACCGCACAAAGGGCAACGUUACAAGAACAACGCACACAUAUUGAUAUUUUGGACACUGCUCUUACCAAUGCACAGGGGAACGUUGUACGCCUUGAAGAAGAGUGUCGAAAAAAGCAAGUAUAUGUAGAAAGAGUCGGACAACUUCAACGAGCUUUAUCUUCUCUUCAAGCGUCAAGCGAUAGACGGGAAGAAACCGAAAGACAAUUGAGAGGUCAGCUCGAAAAAGAAUUAAGAGAGGGAGGAGGUGGUGGUGGUAACAAUAACGAACAAUCUUCGACUGGUGAAACUAUCACUGAUUUGAAACGACGGUUACGUGAACGAGAUGAAAAAAUUAUGUCCCUCGAGGGUGACGUGGCUAAAUGGGAACAACGUUAUCUCGAAGAAAGUGCGUUAAGGCAAGCUGCUAUAGAUGCAGCUAGUCUACCAAAGGAUGCGAAAAUUGCCGCUUUGGAAAAAAACAGUCAAGAUGCAGAAAAAUUAAUCGCAGAAGCUCGUUCCGAUAAAAUGCGACAUAUGGAUGAAGUCCAUGCAGCGCAAAAGAAAUUAACUGAUCUCGAAUCGAGAAUGAAAGAUUUGGAGUCGAAGUUAGCCGAAAAGGAUGCUAUGAUAAGAGUUUUGCAAAAACACACAUACGACAAAGAUAAUAGUAGUAGUAGUGGAGUUGGCAGUUAUCCUGCUGCACAUUCAUCUCAUUCAAGUACGUCGGCAGAUCAUCAUACUGCACUGACAAGUACACCAGAACUUGUAAGCAGCGUUUUAGGAGCUGGAAGUGGUUAUGGUAGUACUGGAUCUUAUGGAGUCACAGACAGUUACAAAUAUCGAAAACAAGGAAGCUUUGAACAAACAAACAAAAGCCUUGACGAUCAGUUGAAAGAAUUAGAUUCGCAGUUACUCAGCAAGCGGGCACUUUGCUGUUUUCCAGGAUUCUCUAAUCCAGGCACUGCGUCGCGAAAGGGAAAAAUACCCAAGCCAUUAUUGGCGGGUGUAGAGAGUGCAGGUAGUUCGAGUACCGUAUCGAGUAAGAGUCGUUUGUUGGAUGAUUCUGGAGGGGAUGCAUCAGCCGGUAUAAUGGAAUUCGCGACUGCGAGUACAAGACUGAAGGGUACCGUUUCAAGAUUGUCGGAUGGGAAGCCAGAAGAGAUGUUGUUGCUGGAAAAGCAAGGUAGAAGUUCACAGAGACAGAGAAUGCAGGAGGGUGAACCACGUCGGGCUGGUAGUCUUCCACCGAGUUCCCUUCCACGACCACCGAGAAGUUUGAAGUCAACUAAUUCGCGUUAUUGUCGUUUGAGCGAUACGGAAACGCGUAAGAAGUCAGAUCCAGGUCCGGUUUUGGAUUCGUCGGUGAGCAAGGGUCGGGAUUCUGGUAAUUGCACUUUGGAAUAUGGAAGGUUCGACGCGAAGGCGCAGCGUAGGAAGAAGUCGUCACUUGGUACGGAUGUAAGUUACGUUCAGAACAGCAGUUCUUUGAAGAAACCUACGUCGACGUCGGGUCACGAGUACGAACGACUUCAAGGUGAUACGGAGAAAAAGAAGUUAACGACCGGGAACGACGUUAAACACAGGGACGGACAAAAUCGUUCCUUGAUACCUCCACCCUCGCGUAGAAUCGGAGAGUACGGUCGUUUGAGCGACGGCGACGCUUCUGCUAACAGCAAAGGUGCUCUCAGAAAGCAAACGGGCUCGCGUGGACAGAGUACGGGAAGUACCGUCAGUAGUAAGAGCGGAGGACGAGAUUCUGGUGGCACUGCGAGCAGUGAAACCUCUAUCUCAUCUUUGUCGCCUAUCAAGGCGAGAUCGAUACCAAGACCCGCCAAUUAUCGUAUUCAAUUUUAACCUGAUACGAUAUGGAAUAGAAGAAAUAACAAAAUGAAAAAAGAAAAUGAGAGGGAGAGAAAGAGAGAGAGAGAGAGAGAGAGAGAGAGAGAGAGAGAGAGAAACCUAUAUUUAAUUGGUUUUAUUAUUAUUCUCCCUUUAAAAGAGUGGUCGUCUUUUACCCGCUUCUCUAGAGUCAGAAGCAAACGGUUUUUUUUCCUGAAGGGGCCACCCCCCAUCCAUGUACCAAAUGUGUUCAUGGUUACUUGACUUAAAUGAUCUGACAUAAACUAGUAUUUCCACGUAACUAACAAGGGCAGUAUCGGUUGGUGAACUCUCAGAUUUGUUUCAAACUUUGCACACUUUUAGUGGUCCAUAAGGAACAUACAUUGCAUCUCUAAACAAAUAUUUAUCGUUUUGUUAUUCUAUUUAUAAAUUAUUAAUUUUAUUGCAAGUGUGAAAAGUUUGAAGAAAAUCUGAAGUUAGCACCACAUGAGAUAGCCCUUGUAAGCCAAUUGUACUAGAUACUACAUAAAUCAAUUUUCGUUAUUAAAUCUCUCUCUCUUAUCUUCUUUUUUUUUUCAUCAUCUUGUUUUCUCAUUUCGAUUCGUUAUUCGAUGAAAACGAGCAACCGAAUCAAUCGUACUCGUAUCUUCUUAUAAUCUUCGUGCCGUAUUCGGGGUUAAUAUAUUCAGUUAUUAUUUUUCUAUUACUUGGAAUAUACAAUGCAACAGUAUACAUAUAUACAGCCAUAUAACGACGAUUAGUUUUGCUAAUUAAUGAAUUUAUAAUAUUUCUAAUGUUUACCUAGAACUAACAUUUACGCAUACACGUAAUGCAUAAACGCACGAAAUUCAUUUACGCUCGAUAACUAUCGUAACGUGGCGAUAGCGUAUGACCUAGUCAUUACCAAAGUAAACUUCCCUACUCUAAUACACGCUCUGCGAAUUUCUUCAUUUAAGCUCUUGCGCGCCAAUUUCCUUGACGAACGAGCCAAACCUCUCCCCCCCCCCUACACCCCCUCGCCAGCCCCCUCGUUAUUUCUUUUUUAUUUAAUCUUAUUGCUUAUUUUGAUCUAAAAAAAAAGAAACGACAAAACAAAAACUAUAAAGUACAUUAUUAUUAUGACUUUAUCCUCGAUAUUUUCUCUCUAGCAGGAUUACAUCGUGCAACUCAUCAAAUCCUGUUUUUUAUUGUCCUCGAUUAGAUUAUAUUUUAUUUCGUUUUAUUUCUUUCUCUUUAUCCUUUCUCUCUCUAUCUCUCUAUCUCUCUCUCUCUCUCUCUCUAUCUCUCUUAAUAAGACUGAACAGUCGGACAGAAACAAAUAAAGCACAAAAAACAAUUUUGUCGCUAGUCGCUCUCUUAGAUCUUAUUGCGUUUCUUAUUCUUAAUCUUCUUCGAUUGAUCUUUGCACGUUUGUUUAAAAGAUCUCCUUCUUCCUCCCCUCUCGUGAGAAGACUUUUGAUAAAUCUCGUUCUUUCUUUUUCUUCUUCUUCUUUUGUUUCUUCUCUUAUUAUUUCUGUCUUUCACUUUCGAAUGAUUUUCGAUUGCAAGUGCUCCGUAAUUGUUUUUUUUUUUUUAUUUAUUUUAUUUCCUUUUUUAUUUUUUUUUGUUUUCUUUCUUCUUUGUUAAAACUCGAACGAAAACGCCAAAGUAUAGUUACAUACUUUUAUUACUAUCUAUGAUUUUAUAUUACGAUUAAAAUGUCUCUCCUAAUAUUAUUUACACACAAUUCAUAU